CUUCCAGCCAUCCUGCUUCACCGUCCAUCCCUCCUCCUGCAGGCGGGGGGGCCAUGAGGAGAGGUGGGCCUGCCUGCGCAGCCCCUCCUCCCUUUGGCCCUGCCCGGAGAGAGAGGGAUAAAGGAGCACCAGAGCAGCCCUGCCUGAUUCUCAUUAGGGGCCACAGCUGGGAUGGACCCUGCGGAGCCGGAUGGCAGCAGCCAAGGUGGAGCGAGCAGGACCCGCUCCCAGCGACCACACAGGAGCUUUGACCGAGGGGCCUGUCACUGGGGGUCCAGCCGCUGCUUCACUCAGGACCGGAAGGCAUCCCAGGUCUGCAGAUAUUUCCAGCGAGGCUUCUGCUUCCACGGAGAUGGAUGCAGCUACCGGCACCUGCAGCCUCCCUGCCACCUGCAGCCUCCCCACCACCUUGAGUGGGGCCGCCGCCAUUCGGAGCCACACAUCACCCUGUCAGGCCCCCCGCAGGGACUGACCCGCAGGGGCUCCGAGCCCUCCUACCUGCCCUCUGUGACUGCCGGAUGGGGUUGGGCCGGGGCCUACCAGGGCAUGGAGCCUGGCCUGGAGGAGUUGUUCAGCAAGGCUGAGGACAUUGGUGGCAGCUCCUGGAAGUCCCUGUCCCUAGCAUCUGCUGAUGGUGAUCACAGCUACUUCCCGAAGUCUCAGCCUAUGUCAGACCCUGUCCAGGAGCUCCUGGCCCCACUUCAAAGCCUGGACCUUGAGGUGCAGCAGAGGGUGCAGGACAGUCGGGACAUCGUGUGUGGCAUCUGCAUGGACAAGGUGUGGGACAAGCCAGAGGCCAAGCGGAUUUUUGGCAUCCUGCCCAACUGCAGCCACCCCCACUGCCUGGGCUGCCUGCGUACCUGGCGGAAGAGCCGAGGGGACUUCCCGCUGGGUGUCAUCAAGGCCUGUCCCCAGUGCCGUGUCCCUUCCAGCUACAUCAUUCCCUGCAAAUUCUGGGUGAGCAAGGGGCCUAAGAAGGAACAACUCAUCAGGAACUUCAAGGCUCGGACCAGCCAGAUUCGAUGCCGGUUCUUCAUGCGGGGGAAUGGCCGAUGCCCCUUCAAGUCGGACUGCAUUUACCUGCACCAGCUCCCAGAUGAGGCCCCGACUUCUGAUCCUCCCUGGCCCGGGAGUAUGCAGCUGGCCUCUGUGGUGGGCAAAACAGCGUUCCUAGGGGGCACCGAGCCAGAGGAGGAAGUGUUCUUCAUGGACUGUGCCCUGACCAUGGCCUUCUGGGGUUCAGAACUCCUCCUGGACCCCAACAGUUCUUACCACUGCCUCCUGUAA